UCGACGGAACCCAACAUAAACAAAAGUUUAGCAGGACCGCUCCGCGCAAGAGUUGCAACUUGGAACUUUUCUGUUACAGUUUGUGCCAGCAUUGAAUACAGAGUGACGCUUCUAGUUUUGGUGUGAUAGUUGUGUCCAUUAGUGUUGAUUUGAAAAAGUUUCAAAUUAUUCUUCGGCGUGCCAGUAAAAAACAAGUGCUUCACCAUGAAUUGUGCAAUGUCAACUAUAAAAUACAUAAUUUUCAUCUUCAAUUUUUUCUUUGCGCUAUCAGGAAUAUUGAUAGUGGUGUUCGGAAUCCUGGCCAAUACAAAGACGAGCAACUUUAGAGAGGCACUGGCCGGCAAUUUGUCUCUGACGUCCAUCUUGCUGAUUGGUGUGGGUGUUUGUGUGUUCUUGGUCGCCUUCCUCGGCUGCUGUGGAGCAAUCAACGAGAGCCAUUGCAUGAUCAUUACGUAUGCAAUCUGCUUGUUGACCAUAUUUUUCAUUGAAAUCGGAGUCGGUACCAUGGCUUUCGUCUACAGAUCGAAAACCCAGGACUAUCUAUCCAAAUCUAUGAGCAAAAUUUUCGACAAAUUUGAUACCAAUGAAGAUGCCAGGAAUAUUGUGAACGCUCUUCAACAUGAGCUGCACUGUUGCGGAACGAACUCGCCAGCGUCGUGGGCCGGCAAAUACCCGUCGUCGUGUUGCCAGAUCGAUGCCGGCAAGCACUACACGGGCAGCUGCCCAGGCGAGACGUGGGCCGUCGGCUGCGUCGAAGCAAUGUCUAACCUUAUCAGGGAUCAGCUCGAGACCAUGGGCUCGAUAGCUAUGAGUGUGGCUGCUAUUGAGAUUGUCGGAAUAGUAGCAUCACUUUGCCUUGCCAGUGCAAUUCGGCGUUCAGAGAGAAAUUAUGCUUGAAAACAGUACAACCUCAAUUAGGCACCAUGUAUUUGAAGAUCAUCACAAAAGCCAAACCAAUGUAAUGUAAAUAUAUUAUACUUAGGAAUGAAGGACACUGAUCAAUGUUGCAUGUGAAGCGCAAAUUUUAAUUAGAAUGUUAUUCUAGUGUUACAAAGUUCAAAAACUUGUACUGUUAUAGAUUAAAAUCUAGCAACUAAUAUAUUACAUUAUUUUAUUGUUAGAUGGAUGAUUAUUGUUGUUUAGAACAUGAAUAAUCUAUAGAGAAUAGUGAGAUCUGAGCUCAUCCAUUCUUGAUAAUUUCAGUUGAGUGCGAGUAUAAUUGAUUAUUCUAUGGAUUUGAUAAUGUUGAGUUUAGAUGAUGGAUAUUUUGGAGGGACUAUUCUUUUUAAAUCCAUCUUUAUGAUGCUAAAAUCACUAAAUACAAAUCAGCAGUAAGUAAUAAUACACUCUCAAGCUUCUUUCGAGAGCUGAUGAAUAGGUUGAUUCAAUGGAUUAUUCCAGUUAUAUAAAUAACUCAUAGAAAACAUAAAACCCUACGGUACAUUAUCAACAAGAUAUUAUAUCAACAUUAACUUUUUUCGUGCUGUUCUCUAUCACUCUCGAAUAAAAGCUAAUUUCCAUCUAUAUCAAGACAAUUUUGAGUUAUUAUAUUGUUAAUCCAUUCGUAUUAUGCAGUACAUUAAGACUGCAUAAUAAUUCAGAAUAAGAAAAUUAGUUAUUUAUUGAAAAAUUUCUUCAACUUCUGACUAAAACUUACUAUUUUGCUGCAACAAGUAUUUUAGUAAAGGCUAUUAUUAGAGUCAAUUAUACUCAUAAUUUGAUAAUAUUAAUUAUUUUAAUAAUAAUUAGAUUUUUAAGAAAACUAUAUAUUUAUAUUUUGAAAUAAAUUGUUCUCAAAUCAAUCAGA